UCUCUAUAGUAGGAGAUGAAGUCUUCAGUUUCAACCUGGCACUGUAUCCAGAUGCUACUGAGGGAGAAGCUUACGCUGAUAUGUCCAAAGUGGAUGGCAUUGUCUCUCUGAAAGUGGGCUGCAUUCAGAUAGUUUAUCUUCAUAAAUUCCUCAUGUCACUUCUGAACUUUCUGAACAACUUUCAAACAGCAAAGAGGGCACUGAGUGCUGCUACAGCUCAAGCUGCAGAAAAGGCUGCUACCAGCGUGAAAGACCUGGCUCAGAGGAGUUUUCGCCUUUCAGUGGAUAUUCAUCUGAAAGCACCAGUUAUAAUCAUACCUCAGUCUUCAGUGUCCCAUAAUGCUGUCUUAAUAGAUCUUGGUUUGAUCAGGGUACAAAACAAUUUUAGCCUGGUAUCUGCUGAAGGCUGCUUACUUCCUCCAGUCAUUGAUAAAAUGGAUGUGCAGCUCACGAAGCUUAAGCUGUCUAGGACAAUUGUACAGCCUGGUUUUUCACAGCCUGACAUUCAGAUACUUCAUCCUAUUAAUCUGAAUCUGUCUGUGAAUCGAAAUCUAGCUGCAACGUGGUAUCACAAAAUUCCUAUGUUGGAAAUCAAAGGGCAUCUUGACACAAUGAAUGUUAUUUUAAGUCAAGAGGAUUUGAAUGUUCUGCUUAAAGUAUUGACAGAAAACCUUGGUGAAGCAGAUGAAAUGUUAAAUAAAGCAAAACCAAUAGUGCAAGAGGAAGGAAACAUUAAAGGAACUGAGAUACCUCUGUCAACACAGAAUGAGAGUACUUCAGGAGAAAGCUUGCCUGGUACAACAAAAGUAGCAUUACAUGAAGAUGUAACCAACAUGCUCCUUAAUUUUGAAAUCAAAGAGGUUGUGGUAGCUUUGAUGAGACAGGUGCAGAAGGAGGGGCAUCCCUUACAUAUUCUAACUGUGCUACAGCUUGGAAGUGAAACCAGAAUUGGAAAUCACGAUAUGACUGCAACAGCUUAUCUGAAUAAAAUUACUUUGAAGUGCCUUGAAUUUACUGACUCUAAAGGAGAUCCUCUUCAUAUUAUUAAUUCUUCAGAUGAGACUGGUGAACACCUUCUGAAAAUGGAGUACAUAAAGGCUGAUGCAGAUGGACCAGACUUUACUACUAUUUACAAAAAUACCAAGCAAGCUGUCAAUGUGUCCUUUUCAUCUUUGGAUCUAGUACUCCACACAGAAGCCUUACUUUCCAUCAUGAACUUUGUCACAUGCAGUGUUCCAUCAGGUGGCCUUACCAGCUCUGAUAAGGGAUUUGACCCAAAACCUCAAAGAGAGGAACAAAAAAGUGCUGUUCUCAAAGCAGUAUCUAGUGAUGCAACCCAUGAAGAUGUAUAUGACUUGAAACUUAGUGCAAAACUGAAUGCAUUCCACAUUUUUGUUUGUGAUCAGAAAUGUAACAUUGCAGAUAUUAAAAUACAAGGAGUGGAUGCUUCUGUUUCUAUGAAAACUAAAAAGAUAAAGGUUUUUUCCAGACUUGAGGACAUCAUAAUCACAAAUGUUGAUCCAAAGAUCAUUCAUAAAAAGGCUGUCUCCAUAAUGGGAGAUGAAGUGUUUCGAUUCAAAAUGGUCCUUUAUCCAGACGCAACUGAAGGAGAAGAUUACACCGAUAUGUCCAAGGUGGACGGUAAAAUGUGUCUAAAAGUGGGCUGCAUUCAAAUAGUUUAUCUCCAUAAAUUCUUCAUGUCACUUCUGAACUUCCUGAACAAUUUCCAAGCAGCAAAGGAAGCCUUGAGUGCAGCUACAGUCCAGGCUGCAGAAAUGGCUGCUUCCAGCAUGAAAGAUUUUGCUAAGAAGAGCUUCCGCCUUUCAAUGGAUAUCAACUUAAAAGCUCCAGUUGUAGUCAUCCCUGAGUCUUCAGUCUCCCAUAAUGCUCUGGUAGCAGAUCUUGGUUUGAUCAGAGUUCAGAAUGAAUUUAAAUUGGACUUCACAGAUAAAUCUUCAGUUCCUCCAGUCAUUGACAACAUGGCUGUUCAGCUAACUCAUUUGAAGCUAUCAAGGAGUAUUAUACCUAUCACUUCUCAACCAGAUGUUGAAAUUUUACAGCCAGUAAAUCUAGUUUUGUCAGUCCAGAGAAAUUUAGCAGCAGCUUGGUAUCACGAGAUUCCAGCAAUUGGGAUCAAAGGAGACCUAAAACCUAUGCAGAUUGCGCUCAGUGAAGAUGACCUAACUGUCCUCAUGAAAAUUUUGCUGGAUAAUCUUGGAGAUGCUUCUUCCCAGUCAAGUGCUACACAACAGACCCUUCAAGAAGCUCAAAAAAGGAAAAAGGAAAAAGGUCAAAGUGAUUCUCAUCUCCAUGAAGAUCAUGGUCUCACUUCAGAGCAAAGAGAGAUUUCUGCAUCACAGCCUCCUGUGGAAUAUUAUUCAACUCUUAAAUUUGACUUCAACUUUGAGUCACUUUCAAUAGUUCUUUACAGCAAUGACCAUAAUCAGCAGUCCCUGCUUUCACUGCAUAGUGACAAUUUACGCCUUGGUGAACUCAGACUACAUCUCAUGGCAUCAUCAGGGAAGAUGUUUUCAGAUGGUUCAAUGGAUGUUAAUAUUAAACUCAAGACGUGUACCCUGGAUGAUCUCAGAGAAGGGAUUCAGAAAGUAACAGCGAGAAUGAUUGACAAGAAAUGUGGCAAGACCGAUAAUUAUAUGAUUGAUAUAAACUACAAGCAAGAUACAAAUGGGAUUGGAGUAGUUGCUAUUCUUGAUAAGCUAUAUGUGUGUGCCAGUGUGGAGUUCCUGCUAACAGUAGCAGACUUCUUUAUUAAAUCCAUGCCAACAGCUUCAACUGAGAGGUCUACUCAGGUUCAAUUAAAGCAUGCCCCUGGAAAGCCCAAACAUGAAAAAGAGGGUUCCUUGGGGCCAAACAUGACAGUAAAAGCAGUGAUCCUGGACCCAGAAAUUGUAUUUGUUGCCAAUUUGACCAAGGCUGAUGCUCCUGCCUUAAAAGCUUCAUUCCAGUGUGAUUGCUCUUUAUCAUCUGAUAAGCUUGUACAAAGGAUGACAGCUCAAGUGAAGGAUGUAAAAGUGCUGGCCUGUGCUUUCCUCAGAGAAAAGCAGGACAAGAAUAUCACCACUGUAUUACAGCCUUGUUCUUUGGUUGUGGAGAAUAUGACACAUGUUUCAGGAGAACAAAGUAUGGCAGUGACAAUAGAACAACUUAUUAUAAAGAUUUCACCAAUCAUUUUGAAUACUGUGAUGACUAUAAUGGCUGCCAUAAAACCAAAGGCCAAGGAAGAGGAUUCCAAAGGUACAACAAGUGCUUCAGGAAACUUGUGGGAUGUGAAACCCAUUAACCAGUGCAAUGCUUGGUUCCUUGGUGUUGAUGUAGCCACGGAAGCAACUGAAACUUUCAUGGACAGUGAGCAUGCUCUGAGAAAUGAGAAUUUUGAUGUGAGCGUGCAAUCAGUUCAAAUCACCUUGGAAUGUGGUCUGGGACAUCGUACUGUUCCUUUAUUAUUAAUAGAAUCAGCAUUUUCAGGAACACUUAAAAACUGGUCUUCCCUGUUGGGUGCCACUGCCGACUUGACACUGGAGGUUCAUUAUUACAAUGAAACUUAUGCAGUGUGGGAGCCUCUUAUUGAACGAAUUGAUGGAGGAAGGAAACCAUGGAAUUUAAAACUUGAAAUAAAGACUAACCCUGUACAAGAUAAAAGUUUGAUACCUGGGGAUGAUUUUGUUGUUCUUCCUGAAGCACAAACUGCAGUUAACAUCUCUUCAAAGUAUACAAUGAAUAUAACAAUAUCCAAAUGUUGUCUUGCUGUUUUCAGUAAUUUAGCCAAGGCAUUUUCUGAAGGGACUGCCUCCACUUUUGAUUAUUCUUUAAAAGAUAGGGCUCCUUUUACAGUGAAAAAUGCACUGGGUGUCCCUCUCAAAGUGCAUCCUACCAUCAAUCUUCGAGUGGUUGGUUCAACCUUAAAAGAAGAUAUUCAUGAUGUAGAAAUUGGUCAGAAAUUGGAACUGGAAUAUUCAGUUUUGGAACCUCUGCAUCGAGGAAAGCUGUCCGCAUUAUAUCGUCAAGAGAGCUGCCUGUUCACUUUGAGCUUAGCACCUCUAGGAUAUUCGGAAGUGGCAAACAUCCCUAUAGCAAAACCAGGCCGACGAUUGCACAGCGUGCGAACUCCUCUUGCUGACCACUCAGACUCUGUUCUGGUACAGAUAGAUGCAACAGAAGGAAAUAAAGUUAUUACCAUACGGUCUCCUCUGCAGAUCAAGAAUCAUUUCUCUGUCCCAUUUACAAUCUACAAGUUUGUCAGCGAUGUUAGACUGCUGGAGCCAAUAGGAGUAUCUAAACCUGAAGAGGAAUUCCAUGUUCCUUUAGAUUCAUACAGGUGUCAUCUAUUUAUUCAACCAACAGGGGUCUUAGAAGGUCAGUUUAAAGAAUCCACAACUUAUAUUGCCUGGAGAGAAGAGCUUCAUAAAAGCAGUGAAGUGAGAUGUAUGUUACAGUGCCCUUCUACCGAAGUAAGCUUCUUGCCUCUAAUAGUCACGACAAUUGCUGUUCCUGAUGAACUAAACUUUAUUGCAACGUCUGAGGAGGACUGGGAUCCAGCCUACAUUAUCCAUCUUUACCCAACGCUCACUUUGAGGAAUCUUCUGCCAUACUCUUUGAGAUAUUUACUUGAGGGAACAGCAGAAGCACAUGAGUUGCUAGAAGGGAGUGCUGCAGAUGUUCUUCACUCAAGAAUCAGUGGGGAAAUAAUGGAGUUAGUUCUGAUAAAAUAUCAGGGUAAAAACUGGAAUGGACAUUUUAGAGUCCAUGAUGGGCUGCCAGAAUUUUUUCCUGUGUGUUUUACCGCCAGUUCCACAGAUAUGAUGACAAUAGAUGUCUAUAUACAUGUUAGGCAAGUUGGUAGCCGUAUGAUCCUGUCUGUGUUCAGUCCUUACUGGAUAAUCAAUAAGACUUCCCGGGUUCUGCAGUAUCGUGCUGAAGAUAUACAUGUGAAACACCCAGCAGAUUACAGAGACACUAUCCUAUUUUCCUUUAAGAAAAGGAACAUUUUUAGUAAAAACAAGAUCCAAUUAUGUAUUUCAACUAGUUCGUGGUCCACUAGCUUCUCCCUUGAUACAGUAGGAAGUUACGGAUGUGUAAAGUGCCCAGGCAAUGACAGGGACUAUCUGGUUGGAGUUAGCAUCAAAAUGAGUAGUUUUAAUCUUACCAGGAUAGUUACCUUAACUCCAUUCUACACCAUAGCAAACAAUUCUUCUCUGGAGCUGGAAGUUGGAGAAAUCAAGUCUAAUGGCUCUUUGCCAACUCAUAACUGGAAUUAUUUCUCAUCUUCAGAGUGUCUUCCAUUUUGGCCUGAAAAUUUGUCUGGUAAAUUAUGUGUCAGAGUGGUGGGCUGUGAAAGUGCAUCCGCACCAUUCUUCUGUAACACACAGGACAAUGGUACUUUGUUAAGUCUGGAAGAGUUGAAUGGAGGCAUACUGGUAAAUGUGAACAUUUCUGAAAAUUCUACAGUCAUAAACUUCUCUGAUUACCAUGAGGGAGCUGCUCCAGCUCUUAUCAUUAACCAGACUCCAUGGGACACCCUUAAAUAUAAACAGAGUGGGUUACAGGAGGAGAUGGAGUUAAAACCAAAGGAGGUGCGACUGUUUGCCUGGUCAGAUCCCACUGGAAUAAGAAAACUAACUUGGACAUAUGCACAAAAUGUUGGUGAACAUGAUCUACUUAAGGAUGAAUGUGGUCAAUUUCCUUAUAAUUCAAACAUUCAAAUACACUGGGUAUCCUUUCUGGAUGGACGCCAGAGAGUACUGCUUUUUACAGAUGACGUUGCAUUAGUUUCUAAAGCACGGCAAGCAGAGGAGAUGGAGCAACCUGAUCAAGAAAUAAACUUGUCACUUCAUAGUCUUGGACUUUCUCUGGUCAACAAUGAGAAUAAACAAGAAAUCUCUUACAUAGGGAUUACUAGUUCUGGUGUUGUCUGGGAAUUGAAACCAAAGCAGAGAUGGAAGCCAUUUAAUCAAAAGCGGAUAAACCUGUUGGAAAAAGCCUAUCAAAAAUACCUUUCCACAAAUGCCAUGGAGGAUCUGGGCUGGGUUAUAAUAGACAACAACUUUGAGGUGAAUUUUUGUAAGGUGCCAAUGAAAAUGCGCCUCCCAAUCAAAUGCAGUAUUCGACGAAACUUCCUAUCGGGCAUUCAUAUUGAGUUCAAACAGUCUCCUCACCAAAGAAGCUUACGGGCACAGCUGAAUUGGCUUCAGGUUGAUAACCAGUUACCAGGUCCAAUGUUCCCAGUUGUGUUUCACCCUGUAGCCCCUCCCAAGUCAAUAGCUUUGGAUUCAGAGCCAAAACCAUUCAUAGAUAUCAGCAUCAUCACUAGAUUCAAUGAGUACAGUAAAGUACUGCAGUUCAAAUAUUUCAUGGUUCUUAUCCAGGAGAUGGCAUUGAAAUUGGAUCAGGGGUUUCUAGGAGCACUUAUUGGGCUUUUCACCCCAUCUACCGAUCCAGAAGCUGAAAGGCAAAGGACAAAGUUAAUUCAGCAAGAUGUAGAUGCUCUUAAUGCUGAAUUGAUGGAAUCUUCCUUGACUGAUAUGUCAACCCUCAGUUUCUUUGAGCACUUCCAUAUUUCUCCAAUUAAGCUGCAUUUGAGUCUGUCUUUGGGUUCAGGUGGAGAAGAAUCAGAUAAGGACAAAAAAGAAAUGAUUGCUAUUCAUUCAGUCAACUUGCUAUUGAAAAGUAUUGGGGCUACUCUGACUGAUGUGGAUGAUCUUAUAUUUAAACUUGCUUUCUUUGAAAUUAAGUAUCAGUUUUACAGGAGAGAUGAGCUAAUGAGGAGAGCUGUUACACAUUAUAGUGAACAAUUCUUGAAGCAGAUGUAUGUUCUUGUGCUGGGUUUAGAUGUCCUGGGAAAUCCGUUUGGCUUAAUCAGAGGUUUGUCUGAAGGUGUUGAAGCUUUCUUCUAUGAGCCUUUCCAGGGGGCUGUUCAAGGACCUGAAGAAUUUGCUGAGGGCUUUGUGAUUGGUGUAAAGAGUCUUCUUGGUCACACAGUAGGGGGCGCAGCUGGGGUGGUAUCUCGUAUCACUGGUUCAGUUGGAAAAGGCUUGGCUGCUAUAACUAUGGACAAAGAAUACCAGCAAAAACGGAGAGAGGAGAUGGGCCGUCAGCCAAAGGACUUUGGUGACAGUUUGGCCAAAGGAGGAAAAGGCUUUUUACGGGGUAUUGUUGGUGGUGUGACUGGAAUAAUCACUAAACCUGUAGAAGGGGCUAAAAAGGAAGGUGCAGCUGGAUUCUUCAAAGGAGUUGGAAAAGGGCUUGUAGGUGUUGUGGCCCGCCCAACAGGUGGCAUCAUAGAUAUGGCAAGCAGUACCUUCCAGGGAAUUCAGAGGGUGGCAGAAUCAACUGAAGAGGUAUCUAGUCUCCGUCCUCCACGUCUCGUUCAUGAAGAUGGCAUUAUCCGGCCGUAUAACAGGGGUGAAGCUGAGGGUUAUGAUUUAUUUCAGAACUCUCAUAUCAGAAAGCUGGAAGGAGAAAGUUACCGAUACCACUGUGUGCUUCCCGGAGGCAAGAAGACAAACCUUGUUGUUACCAAUAGGAGGCUGAUGUGUGUAAAAGACGUGGAGAUCCUAGGCCAUGUAACAGACUGGGAUUAUUUAUUUGAAGAUUUUACACAUCCUCCUUCUGUCGAAACAAAUGUACUAAAAAUCACUGUGAAGGAUCAGGGGCUGUUAAAGUUCCAAAAAAAGGACCAUGCAGCUCAUGAAUGUCUGAAGAAAAUUCAAUUGAAGGAUGAAACUACUGCACGGAGAAUUUGUCGUGCUGUUGAUGAAGCCCAAGCAGCAAGACAGCAGCAAAAAUUGGUGAAGAAAGCUUCACUGAAAUUAAUCAAACCACAGUCACCACCUUAAUAAUAACAGGGUUUGCAUUUGGUUUAACUAGUGGUAUGUGAUCUUAUUCCUGAAGAUUUACCAGAAGCAAUUUGUAUACAAUGUACAAGAAAAAAAUGAAAUCCACUGGUGGUCUUCCUGCAGGGUAUAGCUCCUAUAUUAUCUAGACCACCUUUCAUUUUUAAAAGUGAAGGUUUUUGGCAAUUGUUGCAUAACAUCAUCUGAUGGACUCUAACAUUCCCCUUCAGCAUAUAUAUGUAUUUUGACUAUUUUGCAGGAAACAAAUUCAAUACAUUGAAAAAUUCCUUUAGAAAAGAGAAACUUCUACUGAUUUCCCUUUUUUUUUUUUUUUUUCUGAUAUUAAGAAAAAUAUCCAACAUUCUUUUUCACAGACUUGGACUGCUACUUGCAUGAAAUUGUACCUAAUUUGCACUAUGAUGUAAUGGUUUACAAAUGAAUUAGCAAUAAAUAAUAAUUCUGACUUUUGAAAACUAAAAUCCAUAUAUAUCUAAUUGAAGCUUAUUAACAAUAUGUCCUUUAUAUUAGGAAACAUUUCUAAUAUUUAAAAAUGUUCUUGUGGGGUUGGUCUUUUUAUAUUUGAAAGAAAUACAGGGCUAUUUGUACUCUGUGGUACAAGAAAAUAUUGCACUUCAGAAUAAUGUAAAAAGAAUGUGGGUGUAUAUAUAAAACACAUCGUUACUUCUCAAUAGAGACAUUCACUUUAGAAGUAAUAGCCAAUUUGCAUAUCAUUAGAAAUAAUAGCCAAUUUGUGUAUUAUUAGAAAUAAAAUUGCUCUAGCUCACUUUAAAAAUUGACAGCUUAGGUUCUCCUAAAAUGACAACCUAUUUAAUACCUUAAUAUGUAUUAAUAAUAGGAAAGAUUUAGUGGUAGACUGCACAUUAAUAUUGGCUGUAGUUGAAAACUUAAAUAGUUAGUGGUAAGAUUUCCCUGUGAAGAAAAUACAACUCAUUUUUAUACAACAAAAUAUAUGCAGUUGGUCAAAAACUUGAACAUGGAUUUGUUGUCCAUAUUUCAGUAUCUAAUUGAUAUUUGCCUGAGAUUUGUCAUUUACUUAAGUUAAAUAAUCCACAGCUGACAGUAGUAUUCUUACUGCGUGUACUAUUGCUUGUCUUGAAUACUACUUCUAGGCCCCAUUUCAACAAGAUACAUAAGCAUAUAACUAAUCUUUAAGUGCAUGAAUAGUCUCAUUGACUUCACUGAGACAACUCACUGCUUAAAGUUAGGCACGUGCUUAAGUACCUUUCUGAAUCAGGCCUAUAUGAGCAAACUGUUUAGUUGAAUCAUGGGUAAACUGAGACCUACCACUGUCAAAUGUUUUGGCUUUCAAAUGAGAGAAUAUAUGCCCUAAAACACCACUUGUAAAUUUUUGCAUUUUUUACUUCGUACCUCAACUAGAGAAAAAGACUAGUUAUUGACUUGCCCUUAUUUUUCUUAUAUAUAUAUAUAAUAUGCAAGCUUAAAGACCGCGAGUAUGAACUCAGUGUUGAAUAGAUUCUUGCUCUCUCAAUAUUUGAACUUUAUUUCCUCUAAAACAAUCAUCAAAGAUAGAAGAGGACCCAAAUUUCAGAUCUAUACCAGAAUGUAAACUUUCCCAGAUUUCAGGAGUAUGGAAUUCUAGUGUUCUGGCCUGGGUCCAUAGCUAAUUAAGUGGUAUACUUUGUCUUACCAAAGGAGAGAAAUUAAAGAUAAUGAAAAUGUGCUGCCAAAUAUGAAGCAUCUAGGGAAAAUUUGCACCUGUGCUUCAUUUACUGCUGCUAUGUACAUUUGUAGUUUUGAACAUCACAUAGUACAGUAGGAAGAAAAAAAUCUUAAUUCCUUAACUGUGAGGCCUUAGACACAGCUGUUGGCUAGAGAAGCUGAAUGUGUAGUUUCAUUCUAAUGUUAAAACAGUACCUUGAAUUGAUAGAAUGAGUUGUUUGGUAUAUUCUGUACAUUUCAACUACUAUGUUUAAAAUACGGACAAAAUAAAAUCUUUAUACGCAGUUA